UGGGUGGAAUACUAUGCCAAAAAAGUAAUAUAAUGUAGAGGACAUACCUUCUCCUCCAGACCAAAGCUGUGGUGGUGAUCUCAACAUGGAAAAAGAACUCAGCGGUGCAGCCAAAAAUAGAAAAUGUGAUAAUUGGUGACUUCAAUUAUGCUCACAUUGACUGGAGCAACUAUGUCAUCCUUUCAAGAAGUUCCAUCUUCAAGUGGUGCCCUGCAGACUUCAAAUUUUGCACAUGUCAUCUUUCAAAAUGUAGCAAAAAGUUACCUUCCUAAUGUGCACCUUGAAUGCCGUUAUACUCUGACUCCCUAUAUACGUCCUCACCAAAAAGAUUGGGUUGGUAUAUUCAAGGUUGGCUGGAGCACUGCACGAGAUUAUUAUACAUUUCUUUGGUCACCUAUGCCUGACAACUAUGUGGAAGGAUCAACAGUUAACUCUGUGCUGUCUUUCCAAGGAUACUACCUUGCAAAUGAUGAUGGUGAAUUUUAUCAGUUCUGCUAUGUAACACAUAAGGGUGAGAUUCGUGGAGCAAGCACCCCUUUCCAAUUUCGAACAUCUUCUCCCAUUGAAGAAUUGUUGACAAUGGAAGAUGAAGGAAAUUCUGAUAUGUUGGUGGUGACUACAAAGGCUGGACUUCUUGAGUUCAAAAUUGAAAAAACAAUGAGAGAAAAAGAAGAACUAUUAAAGGUAACUGCUUCACUUGAAAAGGAAACUGUACAACUCAGAGAUCAAGUUGAAAGACUGGAAAAAGAACUGAACCAUGAAAAGGAAAUGUGUGAUCAGCUUGAAGCACAGCAAAAGGUUAACUUGAAAACUUCAGAAACUCUUAAAGCUGAAAAUGAAGAACUCAAGAAAAAGCAUGAUGAGGCUACUUCCAAAGUUCUACAGCUUGAAGAAGACAUCAUGACUGUUACUCAGAAAGCGAUUGCAAAAGAAACUGAGUUAGACAGCCUGAAAGACAAACUCAAGAAAGUAGUCCUUGAGAAGGAGCAGCUUGAAUGCCACUUAAAGACUGAGAAGGAUGAAAAGGAGCUCUACAAGAUACAUUUGAAGAACACAGAAAUUGAAAACACCAAACUAGCAUCAGAAGUUCAGACACUGAAGAACUUGGAUGGAAACAAAGAAAACCUUAUAGCCUAUUAUAAAGAAGAGGUUGGCAGAUUACAACUGUGUGUGGCUGAAAAAGAAAAGUUGAAGAGAGCUUUCUUGCUUACUUCAUCAAACAAGGAAGAGGCAAGUGUAUUAAAGGAACAGCUUCGGAAAGCUGAGGAUCAAAUUCAAGCUAGUAGGCAAGAAGCUCUGUUGAUGUCAAAAGAGCUCAGUGAUGCAGUAAAUGUGCGUGAUAAAACUAUGGCAGAUCUUCAUAGCGCUAGACUAGAAAACGAAAAGGUGAAGAAGCAACUUGCUGAUGUUGUAGCUGAACUUAAAAAAAUCACACUUGUGAAUAAUAAACAGGAAACAUCAAGUGUUGUAGAGAAAGAGCUACGCAGAGAAGUUGAAGAUUUAAAGCUCCGCCUGCAGAUGGCUGCUGACCAUUACAAGGAAAAAUUCAAAGAAUGUCAGAAGCUGCAAAAGCAAGUCAAUAAACUUAUUGACCAAACAGAUGAGAAACUGAAAUGUAGUGCCUAUGCUGAUGAAUUGGCCAAGUUGGAGCCGAAAUGGAAGGAGCAAGUGAAAAUUAGUGAGAGUGUGAAGCAACAGUUGGCUGCAGUAGAAGACCAGUAUUUAGUUCAGUUGGCCGAAAAGGACAGACAGAUAAAUGAGCUGACAUCCCAUUUGGGAAUCCUCAGCAAUGAAAAGAGUCCUGGAAGGAGACUAGAAAAUCAAACUGACAGAAUCACUCAAGGACAGAUUUCUCAGCAAGCAGUAUAUUUUCUCAAGCCAGUUCUUACUUCUGAGGAUGAUGGACAGGUUCCUGCUGUGCCAACUCGGUUACCAGUACUGCAGUACCCCUAUACAACCCAGGAAACAAGAGAUGGAGCAGAUGGUGCUUUUUACCCUGAUGAAAUCCAGAAGCCACCUGUAAGACUGCCCUCUUGGGAACUUGAAGACAAUGUAGUGUGCAGUCAGCCUGCUCGCAACCUCAGUCGGCCUGAUGGUUUAGAAGAUCCUGAGGAUAGUAAUGACGACAACGCAAGUGUACCAUCUGCUCCUGAUCCACCAAACCUCAGUUUACAUGAACGUGGAACAGGCUUUUGUUUUGAUUCCAGUUUUGUGCACAUCAAGAAGUGUCCCCUUUGUGAAGUGAUGUUUCCUCCUAACUAUGAUCAGACCAAGUUUGAAGAACAUGUUGAAAGCCACUGGAAGGUGUGUCCAAUGUGCAGCGAACAGUUCCCUCCUGACUAUGACCAGCAAAACUUUGAAAGACAUGUGCAAACACACUUUGAUCAGAAUAUUUUAAAUUUUGACUAGUUUGGUGCAUUGUAAUGCAGUUUAGUUUAGACAAAACGUGAAUGAGCAAGUUCUAUAAGACAAGAGAACACAGCUUUCAUAACUUGUUGUUUAAAGGCUACUUACAAUACAGUGCUUUGGCCUGUUAGCAAGUAUUGGGUUAGCAUACACCCAGAACUGUUAUAAUAUCUAUCAAUAUUUAUUCCCAGGCUAACAAAAUGCAUAACAACACAGGAAAUGCACAGACUUGUUCAGAAACCUCAGAAGUUGGGUUUGUAGUAGUGGCAAGUUUACAGAGUGAAAUGAUUUUGCUCUUGUUUGUGCUUAUGAUUAGAUAUUAAAGUUCUCAUUCCAUAAUAAAAUGAGGUUUCUAAGUAAUCUUGUAUGUAUCCUUAUAUAAUUGUUGAUUCUGAAAGUUUAACAUAAUUUGUCCAAUGAAAGUAUAGUUUUUACAUCUAUUUCAGAAAUGUAGUUGCCUUGAGAUUUCAUGCUUGCAAAACAUUACAGCAGCAUUCACUUUUAAUUAACUAUUAUCUCUUCGUACAAAUGUCAGUACGCUAGUUAACUAUUAAAAAUUCUGCUACACUUAGAUCUACUAGAAAAUUAUUGUAUAAAAAUCUCUACCGUUAGGCUUCAUUUGUAUUCAGCAGAUUUCUAAUGUGUACGUAGCACCCCAUUUUCCUGGAUUGUUUAGCAAGUUGUAUUCAAGACUAAGAUUUCUAGAGUCUUCUGCAUUCUACUUUGCACAUUUUCCCCAUUAAAUUUGUGGUGUGUAUAUUUAAAACACUAUAUUUUUGAAGACUUAAUCUUUAUUAAGUAAUUUGAUCCUUUUGGAUAAAAUUAUUCACUUUUCCAUCUGUUGUACAAUAGUCAAAUUAAAGACAAAAACUAAA